UCAGUCGAGAAGGAGAGGGGAAGCUUUGUUAGCUGGAAAUGGGGAACUGGACUGCAUCUACAUUUUUCUGAGGUUUCUCUGGCUACUGUUUGCGGUCGAACCAGGCUGCUCUGAGAGGAGGGGCAACAGAGCCGGAAGGGACAAUGAUUCCGCAACAAAGGCAAGUUCUCUUUCUCCUUGUUCUGCUGGGUGUGUCUGGGGCGGCCUCACAGUCGCAGCAGUUUUCUGUAGUGGAGGAGAUGGAGAGAGGAUCCUUUGUGGACAAUGUGGCAAAGGCCCUGGGCUUGGAGGUAGGGGAGCUGUCAAAUCGGGGGGCCAGAGUUGUUUUCAAAGAGAACAAAGAGUAUUUACAGCUGCACCCUAAAACUGGGGAUCUGCUCCUGAGAGAGAAAUUGGAUCGGGAGGAGCUGUGCGGCCCCGCUGAACCCUGUGUGCUGCCUUUCCAGAUCUUACUGGAAAACCCCUUUCAGAUUGUUCUUGCUGAGCUGAUAGUGGAAGACAUUAAUGACCAUUCACCAAUGUUCCUAAACACUGAGAUGGUACUGAAAGUCCCCGAGAACACAUCCCCUGGAACUGUAUUUAUACUAGAAAAUGCGCAGGAUUUAGAUGUAGGAAACAACAGUCUCCAGAACUACACAAUCAGUCCUGACUCUCAUUUCCACAUUCAAAUUCGAGGGGACCCAGAGGGCAGGAAACACCCAGAGCUUGUACUGGAUAAAGUUUUGGAUCGGGAGGAGCAGCCCGAAGUCAUUUUAACCCUCACUGCGCUAGAUGGGGAAUCUCCACCCAGGUCUGGAACUGCCCAAGUUCGAGUGCUUGUAGUAGACAUCAAUGACAAUGCACCUGUGUUUGCUCAGCCGCGUUAUGAGGUUCAGAUCCCUGAGAAUAGUUCGAUUGGAUCCCGAGUUAUCACAGUCUCAGCGACAGAUUUAGAUGCAGGAAAUAAUGCAGAUAUAUCCUAUAUGUUAUUGUAUCCCUCUGAAAUCAUUCGUAAAACGUUUCAACUAUCAGAGAAAUAUGGGGAGCUGUAUUUAAAGGAAAAAGUAGAUUUUGAGCUAAUUCAGUCUUACACCAUCAACAUUCAGGCCACAGAUGGUGGAAGCCUUUCUGGGAAAUGUACUGUUAUGGUUCAGGUGAUAGACCUGAACGACAAUCCUCCAGAGCUGACAAUGUCUUCAUUUAACAGUCCCAUCCCAGAGAACUCUCCUGAGACAGUCGUGGCUGUUUUCAGGGUUUCAGAUCUAGACUCUGGAGAAAAUGGAAAGAUGGUUUGCUCCAUCCAAGAUGAUCUUCCUUUUGCCCUAAAACCUUCUAUUGAGAACUUCUAUACAUUGGUAACACAGGGAGCACUGGACAGAGAGAACAGAUCUGAGUACAACAUCACUAUUACGGUCACAGAUUUGGGAUCCCCGAGGCUCAAAUCUGAGCACAAUAUCACGGUGCUCAUCUCCGAUGUCAAUGAUAACCCUCCCAUGUUUACUCAGAGAGCCUACAAAUUGUACCUCCGGGAGAACAAUAGCCCUGCCCUCCACAUUGGCAGUGUCAGUGCCAGUGACAGGGACUCAGGAAUCAAUGCCAAAGUCACCUACUCUCUGCUGCCUCCAGAGACUGGAGACCUGCCCCUCUUCUCCUACAUCUCCAUCAACUCAGACAAUGGUCAUCUCUAUGCUCUGAGAUCCCUGGAUUAUGAAACUAUCCAAGCUUUCCAAUUCACUGUGAGGGCAGCUGAUGGUGGUUCCCCGUCUCUGAGCAGCCAGGCUGUGGUUCAGGUUUUGGUAGAAGAUGAGAAUGACAACUCUCCCUUUGUGCUGUACCCCCCUCAGAAUGGCACAGCUCCUUGCCAUGACCUGGUGCCCAGAGCUGCAGAGCCAGGGUACCUGGUGACCAAGGUGGUAGCUGUGGAUAGGGACUGGGGACAGAAUUCUUGGCUUUCCUACCAGCUGCUCAAGGCCACAGACCCAGGACUCUUCACUUUGUUGGCCCAUAAUGGGGAAGUUCGAACAGCAAGACCCAUCAGUGACAGAGAUGCCAUCAAGCAGAAGCUCUUGGUGCUGGUGAAGGACAAUGGGCAGCCUCCUCUGUCCACAGCAGCCACACUGAAUGUGCUCCUGGUGGAUGGCUUUUCUGAGCCCUACAUUCAGCUCCCAGAUGCAAUCAAGGAGAAGGUGCAGACUGAUUCCCUUACCACCUACCUAGUCAUUUCCCUGGCCUCUGUCUCCUGUCUUUUCCUGUUCUCUAUUAUUAUGUUCAUUGCCAUUCGCCUGUGGAAGAGGAAGAGGAAUGCUAAUGAUGGAAGUCAAUUUGAUCCAAAUGGUCCUUUCCCAAGCUACUUGGUGGAUGUCAGUGGGACAGGGACCUUGUCCCAGAACUACCAUUAUGAGGUGUGUCUGACCAGUGGCUUAGGGACAAAUGAAUUCAAGUUCCUGAAGCCUAUUAAUCCCACCAUUCCUCCUACUCAGGCAAGUGGGAAAGACUCUAUUGAGAAUCCAAAUUUAAGGAAUAGCUUUUGCUUCAAUUAGGUUUGAUGUGUGUUUUGAUGCAUUUAGAGACAUUUUCCCUCCUUUCAUCCUCCUCCACUUACCUCCCACUAUUAGUUGCCUGUCUUCCAGUAGCUCAAGAGAAUAGAUUUUUAUGCUAUUGUGUUGUGUCAUAAUUUUUAUCCUCUUCUUUCUCCUCCACACAUUUUCUUCUUUUCCCUAUAUCUUUUCUCUGUAAAUAUUUCAUCCUCUCCUUCCUUGUUUUUGAUCUUGUGAUAUCUUUGAAUUUUGUCCAGGUUGUUCUAUUCCCAUAUCACUUUUCAAAAUGAGUUAGAAUUUAAAAAUAUUCUUUACUCAACAAAUUUAGCAAAUAUGUUUUAAGAUACUAAGUCUUGAUUUUGAUCAGGUACUCUCCUGUAGAGUUUGUCCUAUCCUGUAUCAUCUGCAAAGGAAUAUUUUUCAAAAUUUGAGUCUUAUUAUGUCAAUAAAAAACAGCUGUGGUUCUCCUGAAGGGCAAUUUUGGCAUUUGUUCUAACCUUCUGGAUGAUUUUCUUCUUUUAUUUCUCUUUCCUUUGGUGAAAGCUUUUCAAGGAGCAGCAAUAAUCUUCUAACCUUCUGGCUGUGGCCAGAAGACACGAUCUUUUUUUAGAAAGCUUAACACAUUCACUUUGAUACUAUUUUUAGGAGAUGCAUAGAUUCCCCUGAAAAUACUCUCAUUUGUUGUUUCUGAUUUCAAUCCAGUCAAAGGAUGAUAAUCCCUUUGUUUGUUUGUUUUUGCUAGACAAUGGGGUUAAGUGACUUGCCCAGGGUU